AUGCGCAUUGACAUUGAUGCAUCAAAGCCUCUUCCCCCCGGUUUAUCUAUGCCUUGUCAAGUUAUGGUGCGAAGGAAAAUUCGGCUGAGUUAUGAAGGCUUAAAAGACUGUUGCAUGAAAUGUGGUAGAUUGGGACACUCCAAAGGCUGCCUUUUGAAUCCCAAUCCAAGAUUGGAGAUGGAUGGUUUGAAAUAUGAUGAUGGAAUGUGA